CAAAGCCUUUGACAUCUCUCAAAUAUUGAAUUAUUGAAAAGUAUUACUUUCUAAAAGUAUAUUUACUUCUACAUCCAAGUAGUGCUCGAAACGCGUGUUCAAGCCAAUAUUCUUGAAUUGAUGUGGUGCGUCAAAUAUGCUCACAGGUCGCGAUGAUCUCUCGCCGUCGAGCAGUCUCAAUGGCUAUUCGGCCAAUGAAAGUUGUGAUGUUAAAAAGAUCAAAAAGGGACCAGCGCCGCGUCUCCAGGAGGAGCUGUGUCUGGUGUGCGGCGAUCGGGCAUCCGGCUAUCAUUACAAUGCGCUCACCUGCGAAGGCUGUAAGGGUUUCUUUCGGCGCAGUGUCACGAAGAAUGCUGUGUAUUGUUGUAAAUUUGGGCACUCCUGUGAAAUGGACAUGUAUAUGCGACGUAAAUGUCAAGAGUGUAGACUGAAGAAAUGCCUAGCGGUAGGCAUGCGACCGGAAUGUGUAGUGCCGGAGAAUCAAUGCGCUAUGAAGCGACGUGAAAAGAAAGCGCAAAAAGAGAAGGAGAAACAAACAACUGGUAAUUCGCCUAUUGUUUGUAAGAGUGAAUCGAUAAAGAAUGAAAUACUCGAACUGAUGAAUUGCGAACAGCCGUCGCAUCCAACAUGUCCGUUGCUACCUGAUGAUAUUGUGGCCAAGUGCAAGGCGAGUAACAUUCCGCCGCUUACACGCAACCAGUUGGCGGUUAUAUACAAGUUGAUCUGGUAUCAGGAUGGCUACGAACAGCCAUCGGAGGAAGAUCUCAAGCGUAUUAUGAGCACCCCCGAUGAAAAUGAAAGCCCAAAUGAUAUCAGUUUUCGGCAUAUAACCGAAAUUACCAUUUUGACAGUACAACUUAUUGUGGAAUUUGCAAAAGGUUUACCGGCAUUUACAAAAAUUCCACAAGAGGAUCAAAUCACGUUGCUUAAGGCCUGCUCAUCGGAGGUGAUGAUGUUGCGCAUGGCCCGACGCUACGAUCACAAUUCGGAUUCCAUAUUCUUCGCCAAUAAUCGUUCAUAUACGCGGGAUGCGUACAAAAUGGCCGGUGUGGCCGAUAAUAUUGAGGAUCUAUUGCAUUUCUGUCGGCAGAUGUACUCGAUGAAGGUCGACAACGUCGAAUACGCGCUCCUCACUGCCAUUGUGAUCUUCUCCGAUCGGCCGGGACUUGAACAGGCCGAACUAGUCGAAGCGAUACAAAGUUACUACAUCAAUACGCUGCGCGUUUAUAUAUUAAAUCGGCAUUGCGGCGAUUCGAUGAGUCUCGUCUUCUUCGCCAAAUUACUCUCCAUUCUCACCGAGUUGCGCACGCUGGGCAAUCAGAAUGCCGAAAUGUGUUUCUCGUUAAAAUUGAAGAAUCGUAAACUGCCGAAAUUCCUCGAAGAAAUCUGGGACGUACAUGCGGUGCCACCCUCCGUGCAAUCACACAUACAAGCGACGCAAGCGGAACGCGAAAGUCUAGAGGUAAAUGCAGCAAUCCCCACCACAUCCACAUCGGCGGCAGCAAGUUCAUCAUCUGCCUCACCAACGGAUAUGGUCAGCGGUAGUGGCAGCAACUUUGCAAAUCACUCGCCCAGCUCCACGCCCGUCACAUCGUCAUCGAUCGGCUUGAAUGGUGGCUUGUCGUCAGCGACGGCGGCGGGUACAUCGAGCAUAUACGGCAUGCCACUAAAGCAGGAGUACAUCAUGGGUCCCGGUAGUGGCAUUGGCAUCGGCGGCAAUCUGACACUAAAAUCCGAACAUUUAAUCGGUAUGCAGCUAUCUGGUGACCACCACAUGAUGGGCAUACAACUGAAGCAGGAGCAUCUCAUGGGUGGUGGCGACAAUAAUACGGCUGCAUAGCAGCACGCGCAUGUGCAGCAACAUACGCUGCUGCUCGCAAACGCAGGCAGUGGCAGCCGUGUGAUACACGACGACGAUGACAACAUGGAUGACAGUAUGGAUGAUUCUAUUAAUGGUGGUGAUCUCGUCGUGCACGCGAGCAGGGGAGUUAGUGUUAAAGCUAUGCAGCGGGGCGGCGGCUGCGGCAGCGGCGGUCAUGGGCUCGAGUGAUGGGAACGCAGCUAAUAGAAGAGAGAGGCGGGGAGUUAAUUGAUGUACACGGCGAGCGCGGCGCACCCUUUUGUUUGGUUUAAUAUUAAGCUUUUGUUUGUUGUUAAGCGGUGGGGAGUGGGCGCUGCGCAGUGCUGCGGUGCACGCGCGAUUGGCCUAAGUGUAUGGCAGCUAGACAAGCAAUUAAGGAAAUUAGUGAACAUAGAAGAAAAGCAAAUGUGCACUGUUGUAGCGGGGCGGACAAGGGCACAUAUGUAUAUGUAGAGCGUGUACGUUAAAUUUUGUUGGUUUACUGUACAAGCCAAAACAAAAAACUGCAGUUAUUUAGUGAUUAAGUGAAGGCGUGUGCAGGCGUUGUGGCGGUGCAUGGGUGGCAAAGAUGAAAGCAAAACAAAAAAUUAUUGUAAAUUAUUAUCGACGUUUACCAAACUGUCACAGAACGCACGCGCACACCAUUUUGUAUUUAUACAUUUAAAUGAAGAAAAAUCUGAAAACCCCUAGGCGAUAUGUUCAAGUUUUUGUUCGUUUUGAAGCAAGGAUUGAAACAAAUUUAGAGGAGAAGAAAAAUAUGAGAAUAUAAAAAAACUUAUUGUAAAAACAAAAACGGAGCAAAAGUACUACUCACUCGUAUAGUAUGUAGUUGUAAUUAUAAAAUAAAAUAAAAAAUAAUUUGUAGCGUACGUAGCAUACAUUUAGAUGUAGCCAGCGGUUCCAUGUGUAAAAGCGAACAUUAAAGAUGCAUACAACAAACAUAGUCUACGUCUAAUAGCAAGUUAAGCGAAAACACACACACACACACACGAACACAAUAUACACUCAAAAAACAUAUACACACAUAAAUAAACACAGGCACUGAAUGGGCUGAAGAUGAAAACUAAAACAGAAACGAGUUGAAAAACAAUGAGUAAAAGUAAGUGAGAUAUAAGAAAGAUUUUUUUCUUAAAAAAAUAUGUGAAAAUUGUUUGUAGUUUGUAGCAUCAUGGUAUGUAUAAAAGAUGAAAAUAUUAAUUUUUUUAAAUUAAUUAUUAUGCAAUUAAUUAUUAGCGCUUAAACUUACUUUUAUUGACUUUAAAUACAUACAUAU